UCGAUCUUACAAAAGAAAUAGAAGAUUAGACUUGACAGUUUACAUUUCAUUUACAAUGAAUUACUUGACAGUGAUUCUUGUCUUCAUAAAAUGUAUCACUUUUAUAACCUGCCUUAAAUGUAACAUAAAAUGCCCAAAUACAGACAGGGUUGAAUGUGGAUUGGAUAUGGUAAAUUCUGCCUACAAAUUGUUUACCAACGCAUGUUCUAUGAAAGCUUAUUCGCGCUGCACUGGAGACGAAUAUAUUCCCGUACCAUUGAGUUCCUGUGUGAGGAGACAUAAUAGUAUGAUUAUAAGGAAAAUGUAUAGAAGUUUAUAUGAUGAAGUUUGUCCUACAUUUUGUCCUGAAUACUACAGACCUGUUUGCGGUGUAUCACAGCUGAGAGAUUAUGAUUAUAGAACAUUUAGAAAUGGUUGUUAUUUAGAUCUGGUUAACUGUCGAGGCAUUGAAGAUUUUUCAUAUCAGGAAGUUUCUUUGAAAUUUUGUCAAAAUCAUUAUAUGAAAAAUAUAUUUACGGAGCAACUCAUUACAAAUAACAUGAAAAAGUACAAGGAGUUUUUGUCUCGGAAACGAUUUGAAAUAUAAUAA